GUAAGCGUCGCAAAAAGAAUUAGCGGCGUUUUUGACACUUAUAGCAGCGUUUUUUAAACGCCGCUAAAAGCUGAAUUUCCUGCAGUGGAACCACCGGCAUCAGUGUCGGUUUCAGUUUCCUUGGCCGUGACUUCUACAACGCCCUUGCCAACAAAGACCAAGAACAGUUCACCAAGCAACUGUUGUACUACCUCGGUGCUUUUGCUGGUGGAAUUCCGGUGAGCAAAUUGCUCUACUUUCUUAGAUUUUUGUGUUGAGAGACUAUGCCAGAGAAACUCUUUCUUUGAGGUGGAGGUCUUGGAUGACAAACUAUUACAUAGAUCGCUAUCUAAAGAAUUGGACAUUCUACAAAAUACAGUCCCAAUCAAUAAUUGACAAUCCAGAUCAGAGGAUUGUUGAUGAUCUAAGUUCCUUCACUGGGACAGCACUUUCAUUCUCUCUGACACUAUUCAAUGCUGCAGUAGAUUUGGUAUCAUUUAGCAACAUCCUGUAUGGUAUCUAUCCGCCAUUGUUUGCUGUACUUCUUGUUUAUUCAAUCGGUGGAACAGCAAUAAGUGUUUUCCUUGGGAGGGGACUAGUAACCUUAAACUUUUUGCAAGAGAAAAAAGAAGCAGAUUUCCGUUUUGGACUGGUACGUCUUCGAGAAAAUGCUGAAUCAAUUGCAUUCUACGCUGGUGAGGACAAUGAAAAGCAACUACUGCUGCAACGCUUCAGAAGUGCUUUUGAAAACUUAACUGUAUGGACUACCUUUUAUUCUUUUGAUGUUUCUGCUUCCAUAAUAAACACCUUUAUAUAGAAGGUUUAUUGCUAUUACAUUCCUUGUUGAUGAUCUAUUCUAUUGUCUCUCUCUCUCUCUCACCAACGCACAUGCACAUUGAGGAGAGUGAUUGAGAAAAGACUAAGACAAAAAAGAAGAGUAUCGGAAUAUUGUUUUGUUUUAUGUUAAAGAGAUCAACUAGGAAGCUAUUUGAAAGAGUUUCUAUAAUAGUGUCAAUUGUGUUGGUCUCAAAAAAGGAGGAGUAGCAACUAAUUUUUUUUGAAGGAAUAGAGAACGUGGCAAGGUAAUAGCCAUAAUAAAUUAGAGUAAAGUUUCAAACUUUAAUAGGCUCUUAUUAGUUUCAAUUGUUUGUUUUUAGUUUUAGCUCAUGAAACUCUAGUAAGGGUAAAUAAUUGGGUUAAUUACACCUUAACUAUCAAUGAAUAUCAUCUUACCCCUCUCAACUUUAAAACGGUACAUUCAGUGAGUUGAGGGGUGUGAAGUGUAAUUAACCUUAAAUAACAGGGAUUGGGGCAGUGGAUGAGACUCUUGAGAGGUUAAUUGGGGAAUUCUUGAUCUUUCUUGUUUUUUUUUUGGUGGGGGGGAUAAAAAAAUAUGAUUAUAUUAAAAGGAUGCCAAGGGAGCAUCCAUCGCCCCUAUACAUUCAAUGGUGUGUCAUGUGUAAAGGAGGUGAGGAGAUUUUUGUUCACCUAUUUUUGCAUUGCCCCAUGGCUAUUCACCAAGAUUUUCCAACUUUGAAUAGCUAUGAAAUUCUAAAACACAAAACUCUGGAUUUCAAUAGACACACAUGUAUAUAUAUCGGUCACCUAUAUUUGUCUAAAAUAAUAAGAGAUAUCUAAAAUUGAAAUCGCA